AGUUGGGAUUCUACCCUUGCCACUCCUUGCGCAUGGAUUCAUGUUACUUGCAACAAUAAAAAUAGUGUGACCCGUGUUGAUCUUGGAAAUGCAAACCUUUCGGGUCAUCUUGUUCCACAGCUUGGUCAACUCCCAAAUUUGCAAUACUUGUAAGUUGAAAAGUUAUGAAACAGAUAGAUUUUGCUCAAAACUAUUUCUUGGUUGACAUUCAAUUAACUUUUACUAGCAAUUCUAGAUUGUUUGGCUUCUAAAAGUCAAUAAGAUGACAAUGUUAUUUAGAAAAUUUCCUAAUGGUUCUUUAUAUACUUGUUAAUUUAUGUUAAUGAUAUGUAAAUUAUAUCAAGUGACAUUUCCUUGUUCAAGGAGUUAAAAACUCAACUCAGCAAUCAGUUUGUUUGUUUGAAAGAAGGAACUAGGUGUAGCUCAGCAAAUCCUUGGUAUGGAGAUUCAGAGGGAUCAUCAAGCAGGAAAACUAUCACAAAAGAAAUACAAUGAAAAGUACUUGAAAUGCUUAAUAUGAUUAAUUGAAAACAUGCUUCUACACCGUUUGCUGCACUUUUUUUAGUUAUAUUCAGACCCUUUCCCACAAGCAAGGAAGAGAUGAAUUGUAUGUAACAUAUUCCUUAUACUAAUGUAGUUGACAGCUUUAUGUAUGCAAUGAUCUGCACUAAUUUGGCAUGUUACAUAAAGAUAUAUCUACAAAUAGAAUAUUGGAGUGCACUGAUUCAGAUUGUGGUGGUGAUCUGGAUUGAAGAUCUCUUUCUAGCUCUAUGUUUAGUCUGUGUAGUUGUACUAUCAGUUGGAAGGCUAUGUACCAAUCAUUUGUUGUAUUACCUACGACUAAAGUAGCACAUAUUGCAGCAACAAAUAUUAUGAAUGUGGCCACUUGGCUUCAAGGUUUGUUUAAUGAAUUUGGUCUAACACAAGAUGCUCUUGUUGUAUUUUGCAGUAGUGAAGGUGCCUACACACUUGACUAAGAAUAAUCGUUAUCAUAUCACAACAAGACCAGCUAACAUCACUUUAUUUUAAAAGUCGUUGAUAACGUUUUAGUGCAAGAGAUUCACAUGUUCAAUAGUCCAGCAGAUAUACUUACUAAACUACUUUUGAAUGUCAAGUUUCAACAUUGCUUGGAAUUGGGAACUUUAUAGUAAUAAUAUAAUUGGGGAAAUCCCAGAUGAGCUUGGAAGUUUGAAAAACUUGAUUAGCUUGGAUCUCUACUUGAACAACAUUACUGGUCCCAUUCCGGACAACUUGGCCAACCUUAAAAAAUUGCGUUUCCUGCGCCUCAACAAUAACAGCUUGUCAGGAAAUAUUCCAAUGCUAUUGACCACUAUUGCUUCACUACAAGAGCUUGAUUUAUCCAACAACAACUUAACAGGAGAUGUCCCAGUAAAUGGUUCUUUUUCAGUUUUUACACUCAUCAGUUUUAAGAAUAAUCCUUUAUUGAAUCAAACCACUUUGACUCCACCAGCUCCUACACCACAAAAAAAUCCUUCAGGUAAUGGUAGCAGAGCUAUUGGAGCCAUUGUUGUAGCCAUUGUAGCCAUUGCUGGAGGAAUUGUUGUGGGUGUUGCACUGUUGUUUGCGGCCCUUGUAAUUGCACUUUAUUGGAAAAAAAGGAAGCCACGUGAUUAUUUCUUUGAUGUAGCGGCUGAGGAGGAUCCUCAAGUUCACCUUGGUCAACUUAAAAGGUUUUCACUACGUGAAUUGGUAGUUGCAACCGAUGGCUUUCAUAACAAAUACAUUCUUGGUAGUGGUGAAUCUGGCAAGGUUUAUAAAGGACGCUUAUCAGAUGGUAGCCUUGUAGCUAUAAAAAGACUUAAAGUGGAACGCACCCAGGAUAGGGAGUUGCAGUUUCAAACUGAAGUGGAAACGAUCAGCAUGGCUGCACAUCAGAAUUUGCUUCGCCUGCUUGGGUUUUGUAUGACACCUACUGAACGCUUGCUUGUGUAUCCUUACAUGGUUAAUGGAAGUGUGGCUUCAAGUUUACGAGACCGUAGGAAAUCACAACUACCACUUGAAUGGGGAAUGCGGAAGCGUAUUGCUCUUGGGGCUGCUAGGGGGCUUGCUUAUUUGCAUGAUGGUUGUGACCCAAAGAUCAUUCAUCGUGAUGUCAAAGCUACAAAUAUAUUGUUGGAUAAAUACUUUGAAGCAGUCAUUGGUGAUUUUGGAUUAGCAAAGUGUAUGAAUUAUAAAGACACUCAUGUUACUUGUUCAGUACGUGGUACUAUUGGCCAUAUACCACCAGAGUACCUCUCAACUGGAAAAGCUUCAGAUAAGACUGAUGUUUAUGGAUAUGGCGUGCUGCUUCUAGAAAUAAUAACUGGACAGAAAUCUUUUGCUUUAGCACAACUCGCCAAUGAUCAUGGUCUCUUGUUCCUUGAUUGGGUGAAAGUACUUCUUAAAGAGAAGAGGUUGGAAACACUGGUGGAUGCAGAUUUAGAGGGGAAUUUUGAGGAGGGGGAAGUAGAAGAGGUAAUCCAAGUGGCUUUGCUCUGCACACAGAGCUCCCCUUCGGAAAGACCCAAGAUGUCUGAGGUGGUGAGAAUGCUAGAAGGUGAAGGUUUGGAUGAAAAGUGGGAUAAAUGGUGGCAAAAAGAGGAUAUGAUCAAACAAAAUUUCGACCCCACCAAUCUCCACACAACUUAUUCGCCAUUAUUUGACUCAACUUCAGAUAUUCCGCUAGAUGAUGAACUACCAAGUCCUAGAUGAUAUUUGAACAUAAAGAAACUUUUAAAUGAUGAAACAUUUAGCUUAUUUUCCUGUCAUUUAUUGGUAUAUAUUGCUUUCUUUAUAGUCUUA